UGCAGGUGCUUACAAAAACAUACACUACUUAUAUAUCCAGUUUGACAUUUCAAAUUUAUGAAUUCACUACUUUUUGAGCAGACGAUUAUUUUUAAAGAAGCAGCUUCUUGAAGGGAAAUGUCGAUUAUUUUUUGCCUCUUACUUCUCUCGACUCUGCCCAUUUUCUCAUUGUCGAGUGAAAAUAAAAUUUUUUUAAAUCGCUUAAGGAGAGAUGCGAAGAUAAACAGAACUGAACUGAAAGAGAGAGCGGAAAAAUGCAAAUCUAUGGGAAUAGCAUCCGAUGCCCUUUCGAUAGGUGGAGAUUUUUUAACCGCUACAGGUGAUCUCUUAAAUGUUGUCCCUCUUUUUGGACCAUUAAUGAAAGCUGGUUGUUCAGCUCUGGCUUACAAUUUCUACACGAGUAAAAAUGGGUUGAAUAUAGCUUCAACUGCGAUGGACUGUGAUCAAAUUCCAUUCGAUGAGAUUAAAAUUCAUAUCGAUGAAAAGAUCAAUGAGGUUGAAAGGAGAAUGGAAAAAAUGACAAAAGAACUGGAAGUAAUAUCGGAUAAAAUAAAUACUGUCAUAAACAUUGUUCAGAAAUCAAGAGAAGAGCUGAGGCAAGGUAUAAAGAAAAUUCUAGAUACCAUUAAAGAUUUAGAUAUAGAAAACAAAAUCUACAAAGUCGAAAGCAUGAUUUCUUAUUAUGAGGCAGAAAUGGAAGACACGAAAAGUCUACCCAGACAAGACUAUCUGCUUCAACUCUUAAGGGUUGAUGAUGAUAAUGUAAAAAAACAUUUGGGAGACAUUAGAGAUCCAACUGAAAUGUGGACGCCAUUACUAUUGCUUUUUGCUACUGUAAAGAACAUGUUGGAAAGAGGAGAAGAUGUUCCAAUAUCAGCAAUCGACACAAUAUUGAGGGGAACGCAAACUUAUUCCUCUGUCAUGAGUUUUCUUAUUCAAGCACAUAUAUAUCUUGCAAAUUAUCAUUAUCAACAAGGUAAUUUAGACGACUACAAUAAAGAAAUGGUCAAUAUUGACAAUGUACAUAAAAAAUAUUCGAACGUUUUAAUUCAUAGAGAUAAAUCUAUCAUUGGAUACGCUAAAGAUAUAUUGUCAAAAGUACCUUCGAAUCCAGUUUAUUAUGAAAAUAAUUUUUUAUCUAAUUCGACGAAACUUCUUAAUGAUUUAACGUAUGAAAUUUUAAACUUUAAUGUAACAAUAUCACAGCCCGACAAUGACAUGGUUAUAUCAUUUAAAGCGAUUUCUAACGAGACCGAAUAUCCUAGGUGUGAUUGUACAAUAAAAUACGCUUUGCAAUUUAAGAAAGAAGGAAUUUAUUCGAAAAUCAGUCAAUGGACAACACCAGCCAGAAUAGAAAAAAAAGGUAAUCUAACCCUAAGAAUACCAAUUGAUACGGAAAACAAGCGACUUAUUUUUCGGCAGAUAGGGGAUAAUAAAGCAGAGUUAGUAGGAAUGGUCAAUACUUCACAAACUCGUUUUUGGGAUAUCAGUAGGGAUCUUUACAACGCUGUGAAAAAUCCAUUGGAGUUAAAAGCUAUCGAAGAAGUAAAAUUAUACAAGAAACAUGGUGCUGAUAUUAAGGCGACAUUUGAACACGGAAGAAGUGCAAUUCACGCAGCUGCUCUAGCCGGCCAUGAAACUUUAGUACAAUAUCUACACGAAGAAGGUGUUGAUAUUGAUAUGGAAGAUGAUGAAGGUUACACCCCUUUGCAUUUAUCCGCUGGAGCUGGUAGAGAAGAUGUUACUAAAUAUUUGGUUGGAAAAAAUGCAAACAAGAGAGCAAAGACUAAAAAAGAAUUACUAACACCGUUACAUCUUGCAAGUAAAAAAGGAUAUUCGGACCUAUUACAACAUUUAACUACUAACGAAACUGUAAACGAAAAAGACAAAUUCGGAUUUACACCUCUUCAUGCAGCCGUCAUUGGAGGAAAAAUGGUUAUGGAUUUUUUUCUGGAGAAAACAGAAUUUAAUCCAAAUGUCAAUGCGACGUCAGACAUUCGUAAAUUUACUCCAUUACAUAUUGCGGUAAUGAAGGAAGACCUUGAAGUUAUUAAAGCAUUAAUUAAAAACAAUGUGACACGCUUGAAUGCUAGAGACAGCGAUGGCCUUACGCCACUUCACUACGCAGUACUUGCUCUUCCGUCAGAAAAAAGUCUUGCUAUUGUCGAAGAGUUACUUACAAAGAAAAUAAAUGGCCUAAAUACUAAAUGUAAUAAUGGUUGGACUGCUUUACACUAUGCAUUAUUUAAAAGGAAUACAAAUGCAGCCUUGAAACUGUUAAGAAAGGAAAAAAUCCGUUUAUCGUUGCAUCUUAAAGGAAAUGUCACUUUUUUGCAUUUAGCAGUAUCGGCUGGACAAAAGGAAGUUAUUCCCAAGUUGCUCGAAAAAAACAUCAAUAUUGAAGCUGAAACAAAGGAAGGAUACACAGCACUUCACUUAGCAGCUAUGAGAAAAGAGUCCGAAACUGCUAGUACGUUAGUUGAAAUGGGUGCAAAUAUUACAGCCCGAACCAAAGACGGUUCCACACCAUUACACUGUGCGGCAGCGGUAGGCAGAAUUGAUACAGUACGAGAUCUUUUGAAGAAGGGAGCAAGAAUGCGGGUUCGUAACAUAGCGGAACGAUAUCCGAUCCAUGAGGCGGUAUCCCAUGGUCAUUUAGAAGUUACGAAGCUGUUUAUUGAAGAAGAUAUCAACAUUGUGUAUAAGAAAGAUAUCACUGGCAAAUCAUCGGUGGACAUAGCUGCAGAGAAUUCAUAUAAUGAUAUUAUUUACGCUUUUGUAGAUAAAGGACUUAAUUUGACUGGGCUUUACGGAGAAGGAAGACCACUUUUGCAUACUUUCGCGAAAAUUGGAAACAUUGAAAUGGUGCAAUAUUUUCUUAGUAGAGGUGCAGAUCUAAGAGGCUUAGAUUUCGAGAGAAAGACGUUUUAUGACUUGGCCGUAGAGAAUGGUCAUAAAAACAUUGUAGAAUACAUUUUUAAGAAUAUAACAAUCAGUCGUCCACAAUUGGACGAAGUCUCUUGCAAAGCCAUUGCUUCUGGUCAGCUGGAUAUUAUAAAAUAUUUAAUGGAGCAGAACGAAAUAUCAUGCGAUCCAUUACAAACUGCAGCUUCAGAAGGUCAACUGGAUAUUGUAAAAUAUUUACUUGAAGAAGCUGCUUACCAUGUAAACGAGAAUAGAAACGGACAAACGGCUUUGUGUAAUGCAAUGAAAAAAGGACAUUAUGAUGUUGUCAGGUAUUUAGUAUCUAAACGUGCAGAGAUAGAUAGAGACUGCUCCAUAGGAUCAAAAAAGUAUACUCCAUUGAUUUAUGUCAUUGAAUAUAAGAAUAUAGAAAUAUUUAAAUUUUUUGUUGACAGUAUUUCUGAUAUCAACAGAAAAGAUAUAUUUAAAAAUACUCCGUUGUAUUACAGCUCUUUUCUUAACUGCUCAGAAUGUGUAGAGUAUUUAAUAGAAAAUAGAACAGCUGAAAUAAACGCGCUGAAUUCUAAUAAUGACACUGCAUUGGAUGCUGCCUAUGCUAAACAAAAUCUUGAGAUUGCUUUUUACCUCGAAAGGCUUGGAGCUACUAAAAAACAUGUAGCUACUACUAGAAGACCUACACCUAAGACUACUAUCACUUAUCGACCUGUAACUUUUCCUCGAGGUUAUUUUUCAUUAAAAAUUAACGAACCACUUGUUCUACAAAUGAGUAGAAGCUCUUAUGGAUAUCGCUUUCGACCGAAAAGUUACAAUCCCCUCAGAAUAGAUUCUUCAGGCUCUUUAGUAUCUUCUACAAAACAGAAACCAAAGCUGUCUUCGUCAAAACGCAGCAUCAGUGAUGCUAUUUAUGUUUUUCCAAAAGAACACAUUCAACAAAAUAAACUGCAGCUAGAUCAAAAGCAUUCAAUCAUAUUAAGAUUUCUGGCAUCAAAUAAUCCAGACAUAAAUGGUCCUUUGUUGUUACUAAACAUUUUGUUCAAUAAAUUCAUACUUAAAACAAAAUCACCCAUAAUACGCCAAGACGCAUCGGAAAUGGAAAUAAACGCCAAUGCUUUGCUUAUCACAGAUACUAUCAAAAGAAUUAUGAAGUCCUUACGCGAACCUCUGGAAUUAAAAGAUGUUGAUUUUUCUGAAGUACAUUCGAAAAUUUUCAAAGAACUUGCGUCUGGAAAAGAGCACAAAAUUCCAGAAAUUCUGUCAGAACUUCUACGCACUAGCUCUCAUGCAAUAAUCCAUCGAAAUUAGAAGAAGGAAAUAAAUUUGCCAUGGAAGUCUGCCGAUGAUGUUUGAAGACUGCCGAAAGAAGAUAAAUGUAUUCAUUUUGUAACAGAAGAGUAUAUACUAUUAAAAGUUUAUUACUAUUCUA